AUGAAUCCAAAGAUCCGUGACCUAUACAAGCGCUUCCUGCUCGUCGGACGCGACUAUCCACUGGGACUAAAUCAUGUGCGCAAGACCGUCAAGCCUGCUUUCUUUAAAAACAGUGAUCUUACUGACCCACUGGCUAUCAAGAAGGCGAUCAAACGCGGACGUUGGAUGGUGCGUGAGAUGGUGGGCGUCAUCCAGCUCAAAAAAUACAGGACGCUCAAUAGCCGCUACACGUCCGAAGACUUGCGUGAGAAAUUACGCGACAUUGAAAAUCGUCGGGUAGUAGAAAAAAUAAAGGUGUCGCAGACCACCAAGAGCGACAAUGUCGACACAUAG